AUGUCUGAGUUAUCAAACCUCCUAAUUCCUUUCCAGUAAUAAGUAAAUUCUUAUUUAUUCGUAGGGUUUAUAUGAAUAGAUUGAAAAUUACUUAUUGAUAAAAAUAAAAAUCUGGCUAUUACCCCCAAUAAGCAAAUUUCAAUUCGUUCAUAUAAAUUUUAUUUUUGAAAUUUUGUGAACAAAAAAAACUUGCCACAAAUGAGCUAUAAUGUAUUGGUAAUAUUUUAUUUUGCUUAUUUAUGGUAAAUUGAUUUUAAAAUGUCAAAAAUAUUUUGACAUGCCAUUAUAUAUAAAACUGAGUCUAUGGUAUGUUAAAAUUUUUUUAACAUUUUAAAAUCAAUUUACCAUAAAUAAGCAAAAAGAAAUUUAUGCAAGGGAUUAUAGAAUUUGCUUAUUACGGGGGGAAGUAAGUUUGCCUCCAAACUCAGCCCAAGAGCUUAUUUUUACCUCAGAAAUUCUCCCACAUCUAUCUGCUCGCAUAAAAUCUAUCUACACAGCCCUCCAACCUUCAGGAACUUUUUCAAUAAACCUGUCAUCCCCUCUAUCAGAAGACGAAAUUAAUACCCAUCGCCGAACCUUGAUUUUUUCAGGCUUUACAAAUAUAUCCCUUUCACCAAGCCAAAUUUCAGCAAAAAAGCCAGCCUCAACAGAAGCUGUCGAGCUUAAAUCGGUCUGGACCUCAGCAAUAGAAAAUCCUGGAGAAUCCAUCAAUGAAGACGAUUUAUUAAAGCAAGACGAAGAAUAUAAAGAGCUUUCCUCAAAACAAGACUGUUUGACUAAGCCAAAACCUUGUAAAAACUGCACAUGUGGUAGAGCUAAAGAGCUGCAAGACGCUAGUAAGCCUUCAGAGCUCCCAAGCUCCAGCUGUGGAAGAUGUCAUCUAGGAGACGCUUUUAGGUGUGCAGGAUGCCCUUAUAGAGGUCUGCCUGCAUUUAACCCUGGAGAAGCCCCUGCAAUUGAGCUAGGAAAUUCAGCAACAGAAGGGGAAGCUAAAAUUGUGGGAGGGAAAGUAAAAAUUGAUAUUUACUCCUGCUUGAGACAAAAAAAUGCUAUUUUUUCACAGAUGGGGUUAAAAAUUUAUAUAAUUCUAUAAAUUCUAAUACAAAAAAUAAAAUUUAUAUUUUAAAAUGAGAGGGGGAGUUAG